AUGGACAGCAGUAAUUGUAAAGUUAACGCUCCUCUUCUAAGUCAAAGAUACCGGAGGAUGGUCACAAAAGAUGGCCACAGCACACUUCAACUGGAUGGUGCUCAAAGAGGUCUUGCUUAUCUUCGGGAUGCAUGGGGAAUCCUAAUGGACAUGCGCUGGCGCUGGAUGAUGCUGGUCUUUUCUGCUUCUUUUGUUGUCCACUGGCUUGUCUUUGCAGUACUCUGGUAUGUUCUAGCUGAGAUGAAUGGUGAUCUGGAAAUAGAUCACGACGACCCACCUGAAAACCACACUAUCUGUGUGAAGUACAUCACCAGUUUCACAGCUGCAUUCUCCUUCUCCCUGGAGACGCAACUUACAAUUGGUUAUGGUACCAUGUUCCCCAGUGGUGACUGUCCAAGUGCAAUCGCCUUACUUGCCAUACAAAUGCUCCUAGGCCUCAUGCUAGAGGCUUUUAUCACAGGUGCCUUUGUGGCGAAGAUUGCACGGCCAAAAAACAGAGCUUUCUCAAUUCGCUUCACUGACUUAGCAGUAGUAGCUCACAAAGAUGGCAAACCUAAUCUUAUCUUCCAAGUGGCCAACACCCGGCCCAGCCCUUUGACCAGUGUUCGGGUCUCAGCUGUACUAUACCAGGAAAGAGGAAAUGGUGAACUCUACCAGACCAGUGUGGAUUUCCACCUUGAUGGCAUCAGUUCUGAGGAAUGUCCAUUCUUCAUCUUCCCACUAACCUACUACCAUACCAUCACACCAGCAAGUCCUCUAGGUACCCUGCUCCAGCAUGAGAACCCUCCACACUUUGAAUUAGUUGUGUUCCUCUCAGCAAUGCAAGAAGGCACUGGGGAAAUCUGCCAAAGAAGGACAUCCUACCUACCCUCUGAGAUCAUGUUACAUCACCAUUUUGCAGCUCUGAUAACUCGAGGUUCCAAAGGUGAGUAUCAAGUCAAGAUGGAGAAUUUUGACAAGACUGUUCCUGAACAUCCAACUCCUGUGGUCUCUAAGAGUCUGCACAGGACUGACCUAGAUAUUCAUAUCAAUGGACAAAGCAUUGACAAUUUUCAAAUCUCUGAAACAGGGCUGACAGAGUAA